AACUUUUAACAUGUUUAUCUCUCUACUCGUAGCAGUAGUCGCAGCACUUUGUUCCUGUAAUGGAGAACUACUCUCUCUCCCACAAAAUAACUUGGAUAUAAUAAACGACCAAGCACGAGCAGAUAUUGUAGAUUAUAUCGUUGAUGAAAUUGAUGCUACUGUAGAAGAGGAGAAGGUCCUAUCACUAUCAUGUGAAACCAAAGUUAACCAAACAAUAAAGUCUUGUGAUGAAUGUGCCGGAAAUAUUUGUCCAGCGGUAGAACUUAGACAAGAGCGAAAGAAAAUAGAUUUAAGAAAGUUACUAAGUGUGAUCCACAAACCUGUGGUACUUGUAGCAUCUAUCGGUAAAAAAGUAGUAAAGGAAGCUGCUAGGUUUGGAAAGAGGAUAGGAAAAGUGGUUAAUAGAAUUGGUGAUAAAGUUAAAAGUACAGUAAAAAAAGUUAGAGUCGGAAUUAAAAAAAUCGGAUCAAAAAUAGGAAGUCAUGUUAAAAGAUUAGGAAAGGGAGUCGCUAAAUUCGGCAAGAAUAUUGGACGAGGUGUUGCCAAAAUAACCAAGAAGGUGGGACGUGGUAUCAAGAAAUUUGGACAAGGUGUCAAGAAAACUGGCAAAAAAGUUUGGAAGAAAAUUAAAAAAAUAUUUGGAAAACGAUCAACCAGACACCUAAUUGAAAAGCGUUGUGUAAGCAGUUGUCCAGUUUGUGACAAACUUGAUAAAGACAUAUUCACGGAUGAACAAAUAGUUGGAAAAAUAUGUGGGGCAAGUUUUGUUUCAAGACAGAAACAAUUAUAUGAAAAAGUGAGAGGUUUAGAGGACACAUACAACUAUAUAGUGUCCAAUGCACCUGUAGUGACAAAGGUGGAAUAUGAAACAAGUAGUAUUAUUAUAGUCAACGGGAAAUUGGCAUUUAAAAAGUCCUUUGUAACGUAUCAAACGAACAAAAUCAAGAGGAGAUUUCAGCUUUCUGGACUAUUUGAAAUCUCUAACAUAGAUGGUAUGGCCAUCAAAAUAUCAAAGGAUAUAUUAAAGAAAAUGCAAUAAAGUUACUGUAUAGACCAUUUAGUCGAUAGAAGGUUAAAUAAAAAGGAAAAUGUGCAAUUAGUUAUGACAAAGUUGUUCAGCAAUAUUAUUGUACUAAGUAUAUACUUGUUGCGCUUGUUAGUAUGUUAUAUUUUUCUAUCCAUUUUUUGUUUUGUUUACUUGUAUUUAAAAGUUUAUUACGUUUUACCUGCAAUAAAGAUAUAUCACA